AUGCAGCGUCCCAAGGGCAUAAACAUUCUUAUCACGGGUACGCCCGGAACGGGCAAGACGUCUCUCGCUGAGCUUCUUGUUCAGGAGCUUGGUGACUUUAAGCAGGUUGAGGUUGGAACGAUUGUGAAAGAAAACUGCUUCUACAGCGAGUACGACAAGGAGCUUGACACGCAUAUUGUGGAGGAGGACGAUGAGGAUCGGUUGCUUGACUUUAUGGAGCCCAUGAUGGUGGGCGGAGACAAUCAUGUUGUGGAUUACCACUCCAGUGAACUGUUUCCACAGCGAUGGUUUCAUCUUGUGGUUGUCCUGCGCACCUCUACGGAGGUCCUCUUUGAGCGUCUCACCGCGCGCAAGUACAGCGACCAGAAACGCGAUGAAAAUAUGGAGGUUGAGAUUCAAGGCCUCUGCGAGGAGGAGGCACGUAAGGCCUACGACGAUAGUAUUGUUGUUGUGCGGGAAAACAAUACUCUAGACGACCUGGCGGCCACCGUCGACUUGAUACGUCAGCGCGUAGACGCUCUGAGAAGGACUACGGCGUAG